AUGCGUAAAUGCAAGGUGUUUGUUGGAUCAUCACAUCCUGAACUCGGCCAACUCGUUUGUGAACGUUUAGGCGUUGAACCAGCGCCAUGUACCUUGAAGAAAUUUAGCAAUGGAGAAACUUCAGUGCAGAUAGGAGUUAGUGUCAGAGAUGAGGAUGUAUACAUCAUCCAGAGUGGCUCACCUCAUAUCAAUGACCAUAUUAUGGAGUUGUUGAUUUUGAUCAGUGCAUGUCGUGGUGGAAGUGCCAAUAAAAUUACUGCUGUGAUUCCACAAUUUCCAUACAGCAAGCAGAGUAAGAUGAAGAAACACCGUGGUGCUAUUACAGCAAGAAUGUUGGCCAAUUUGUUGGUCAUGGCUGGUGCCGACCAUGUUGUGAGCAUGGACUUGCAUGCUAGUCAGAUGCAAGGCUUUUUCACAAAGCCAGUUGACAAUUUAUUUGGUGCACCUACAUUGGCCAGAUGGAUUCGCCACAAUAUUCCAGAUUGGGAAAACUCUGUUGUUGUUUCAAAGAAUCCGGGUGGUACAAAGAGGGUAACUGCUUUGGCAGACUCGCUCAAGAUCAACUUUGCCAUGAUUCAUACCGAUAGAAGAAGAACACAGGAUGAGUAUGCUAGAAAGAAGGCAUUGAAAAAGGCCAAGAUUAUCGAUGAAGAUGGAGUUGACUCUAAUGGAAAAGACAAUAUUGUUAAUGAGCUCCAAACGGCGAGAAUAGUUCAAGGACACGUUGUCGAUGAUGAUUACCAAUGCAAGAGUGCAAAUUGUAAAAAGGGAGAGGUUGCUGAUGAAAACAGCGUGCUUUGCGAUUCAAAUGGAACUCACUUGACAAAACACAAUAUAGUAGACAGCGAUGUCCUUGGUGGCUCAUAUGAUGUGGCCAACUCAGACGAUGAAGAUGAUGGGCCAUUAGUAGAGGAGAAAUUGAUUACCUUAGUUGGAGAUGUUAAGGACAAGGUUGCAAUUAUUUUGGACGACAUGAUUGAUAAACCAAAUUCAUUUAUUGCUGCGGCAGAGCACUUGAGAUUAAACUGUGGUGCCAAGGCUGUAUAUGUUGUGGGAACACAUGGUGUAUUCAAUGAUACUUGUUUGGAUGCCUUGACUGACUCAAAGUGUAUCGACAAGAUUGUUGUUACAAACACAUACCCAAUUCCAAAAGAAGAAAUCGAAGCACACAAGGAUAAAUUGGUUGUGAUUGACGUUUCACCAAUCUUUGCUGAGUGUAUCAGAAGAGACCAUUUUGGUGAAUCCAUCUCUGUUUUGUUCGACUCAUUGGCAGCAGUAGAGUAG